AUACAAUCUAAAUUUAGACAAAGAUAUUGAAAAUUCCACACACAAUUUUUCUUGAAUUUUUGAGACGCAAUAAUGCAAUAAUGAGUGAAUCAAAGUGCGCUGAAUGCGGCGAAAAAGCCGAAUUAAAGUGCUCCGGAUGUAAAUUGGUAUCUUAUUGUGAUAAAGAACAUCAAAAAAAACAUUGGAAGGAGCACAAGAACUUGUGUAGACCUUUUGAGAUAGUCCAAGAUGCUGCAAUUGGCAAAUGCCUUGUGGCCACUAGAGAUUUACAGCCUGGAGACUUGAUUUUAGUCGAAAAUCCAGUCGCUUACGGUCCCAGGCCUCACAUGGUCGAAGAAGGUCCAGUUCCUUGUCCAGGAUGUUGCAGAUUGAUAUUGCCAGACACUGCUGCAAGAUGCGAAGGUUGCGACUUUCCAGUUUGCAAUCCAGAUUGUCCAGGCUUGAAAGACAUGGACAGGCACGGACAUGAAUGUAUGAUUUUGGGACUCAGAGAGUUGAGAGCUAUUAACGGUUUGCACGAGUUUUACAGGCAAGAUGCUUUGCUUGCACUCAGAUGUUUGCUUUUGCAAAACAGACAUCCAAAAAAGUUUGCACAGAUUUUGGAAAUGGAAAGUCAUUUGGAUAAAAGAGGAGAGAAUACUGAUAUUUACAAAAGCAUUGAAAGUAGGAUUGUUGAUUAUCUACAAGACAACUUCUUUGCUCCGAUGAGGAUUCUGGAAGGCAAAUCGGGCAAGCAAGUUUUGCCAGACAUCUCCAAAGAAACUAUACAUAAGAUUUGCGGCAUUAUUGAUGUCAAUGCUUUGGAAAUCAACCAAGAUGCUGAAGUUACAGCUUUAUAUCCGACUGCUUAUCUUAUGGAGCAUAAUUGCAUGUGUAAUACUGUGCAUUUUUUUGAGAAUUCGGAAAAAGGCUACACUAUCACAAUAAGAGCAGCCUUUGCAAUACCCAAAGGCGACCACAUUUCAACAAUGUACACCCAUUCCUUAUGGGGCACUCAAGCCAGACGAGAACAUUUACUAGAAACCAAAUAUUUCUCAUGUAAAUGCAACAGAUGCGCUGAUCCUACCGAAUUAGGUACUUUCCUGAGUGCCUUAAGAUGUAUAGGCACUCAAGACGACGAACCUUGCGGAGGAGUUCAGUUACCUGUUGAUCCAUUAGAUGACAACACAGAGUGGGCUUGCAAUAAGUGCGACGUGAAACUUACCAAUCAAGAAGUUUCGUUUUUGAUCAAUCAAAUCGGUGAAGAGGUUGAUCAUGUACAACUUUCAAACCCUACAGUUAGGGAUUUGGAUGGGUUAUUGACGAAGAUGCUUAAUUUUGUGCAUCCGAAUCAUUAUCAUGCUUAUUCAGUUAAGCAUUCUUUGGUGCAACUCUAUGGGUAUCAGCAAGGAUACAUGCCUAAUCAGUUGAGUGAUGAUGUUGUGGUGAGAAAGGCGACAAUGUGUAGGGAGUUGAUUGAGAUUACAAGGAAAAUUGAUCCUGCAAAUUCCAGGUUGCCUCUUUACACCGGAGUCCUCUUCCACGAACUCUACCUGGCCAACCAGAUUCUCAUCAAACGUAAAUGGGACUUGGGCAUCAAAACCAAAGUAAAAUCAAUAAAUCUGAUGUUCCAAGAAUGCCAAACGGCCCUCAAAGAAGCCGCCCAGGCGUUGAAAAACGAAAAAAACUCACCUGCUGGCCAAAAACUAAUUAGCCUCAUUGAAACGUCUACAAAGGAGUUUAACAAGUUUUUGGCAAGGAAUAAAAUUUUAUUGUAAAUUAAUAAAUACUAUCGUGGUAAAGUCUUAAUUUUGCUGCUUCGCAUACAGCCCUUAGCCAAAUGCCUACUGCGUGAGCUCCAGCGUUUGGAUAUUUACAACCGGGUUGUUUAGAAGCAGUGGCAGCUUCUUCGGCUUUUCCAACCCCGUUUUCAAACAAAAUAAUAAAUGAUUUUCCUAUAUUUUGUCUCAGGUAACUAGAGCAAGCUUCCAAAGGGUCAUAUAAAGUUCUAUCUCCUAGUUCUACGUUUCCAUAUCGUCUCACCGCGCUGCAAGCAUUUUCCAUAGCUUGAAUCCACAUUUCUGAGUCUACUUGUUCAUCGUCUGGAUAUCCUCCAAAUGUGUUGGCUGUAGCUUCAAACAUUAUUGAAUAAAGACAGCCCAUUGUGCCUCCGACUGAGUUUUCAAGGAUUUUACUUAGGCUGAGGAAAAAUGUAAAGGGAUAGGUGAAGUUUAGCUUUUUAUCGCAGCUGCGUUUGUUUAAAAUGUUGGCCAUUAUUCGUAGACGGGUGCCAGUGUCUCCAUCACCUAGGAAUAUUAAUGUAAUGCAUAGAGAUACAAUAAUUGAAUAUUCAUUUACCUCCUUUGAUGUUUUCACUGUCCAUUUUGUUUAGCAUUUUUUCGCAGGAGAUUAGAGCGUCGCAAGCGAAUUGGAGGCAUAAUUGCAUUAUGUUUGCCGCUUUCUCGGUCAGUUUUGGGCCUUUAAUAGGGGGUGAUAGCCUGCAUUUUUUUCGUAAUCUUCCCAACAUUAGGUUAUUGUCGGUGUUUAAGGGUUCCACUUGAAAAUUUGACUUCCAACCUUGUUAAUGUGAAAAUUACAUUUAGGGUUUAGCUGUUUUUGAGAUAUUUAGGUACCCAGUAAACAUAUCUAUGACAUUUUGAGUUAAAGUUUCAAAUUUGAGGCUCAAUAUCUCUAAAACUAUUUGAGACAAAUGAUUCAAUUUUGUUUUAUCUUAAAGAGCGGUUAAUUCUAAUAUCAAAAUAUACCUUAAAAUUUUAGAAUAAUAAUUAAGUCAUGAGUAAUUUUGUGUCAAAAUUGAAGUUUUUCUAUAAGGGAUAAUAUAUAAAAUGACACUGAGAUAGUUUUUGCUUUGAAGCUGUUAAUUUUUAUCCGAUUUCAAUGUAAUUAGGCUUGAAUUAAAGCCAGUUAAAUCCUCUACAACUGUCCAAUGAAUAAUUUCAAUGUAGCUUCAAUAAUUUUGAAGCUGCGAUGCUUCAAACUUUUUAGACUUUGAUCUCUAUCAAGGUGAUUGUGAAUGAGCAGAAGGAAAUUUAAAUUUUUUUCUUAAAUUUGAAUCUUUUAUUCAUUCACUUGUAGAAUUUCAAUUCAAUCCGUUCAACAUUUUUCUCAAAAAAAAUAAAACGUGCCUCAAUGUCAUUUUUUGGAUAUUUGAUUUUUCACAAAACGACAUUGAUACCCAUUUUGCUUCAUAACUUUGUUAAUUUCAAUCCGAUCUUGAAUUAAAGCCAAUUAAAUCCUUCACAAAUGUCUGAAGAAUAAUUUCAAUGCAGCUUCAGAAGUUUCGAAGCUGCGGUGCCUCAAGUCAUUUUUUCGGAAAUUUGAUUUUUACUGGGUAUCUCUACUCUCUCCAAUUAAAGUUAAUCUGUACCUGUUGUGUUACAAGGUUUAUCCAACAGCUCCAAAACCUGGCCAUCGAAAACCUUGAGCAAAGUAACCAUUAAAUCCAUAUCAUUAUCCAAUUGCAAAUAACUCCCAAUAUAAAACCUAGCAAUUUUAACAUCAAACCUUUUGAAAUAAUCCGUACAAUAUUUAACAAUUAUAAACUGCUUUGUCCGAUCAAAAGCCCCAAUAUUGUUAACUAGAACGACAAUGUUGUCUCCUCCUUGCAAACUGAAUCUUUGGCUUGUAGUCAAUUGCUCUAACAAAUUAAUAAAAGUACUUUUCAAAACAUCUUCGAUGCAUGUUUGUCCUGAUCCAAUAUCAUCUGUUUCACAUUUAGUACAAUAGAGACACUCUCGUGUAUGUGGCAAAGAUUUUUGAAAACUAACUCCAGCAGAUAGGAUGUUGUUAAUUGCAUUAUUACAGUAAUUAUAAAUUUCAGUUAUUGUUUUAUCUGCUAUAAUAAGGGCACCAGCGAUUUUAUUUACUAGAACAACCCCUGUUAGUCCUCUGUGUUCGAAUCUGGCUUUUUCAUGGUUUUUACAAUCAUCUGACACUGUUAGUAAAGCUACCCUUAAAUCAUCAUUGUCAGCCCUUUCAAUUGCAAGCCCAAAAUUUAAUAAGUUACUAGAGCUUGUUGGUACAAUAACUAAAACUCCUUUUACAUGGUUGACACUUAAUUCUCUUAGAACGCGUAGAAUCAUGCUCGGGGUUGGAUAGUCAUUUGGUUUGCCUGAAAUAAGCAUUGAUUUAUUCAUUUAUAGAUAAACUUGGUGGUAACUAUUAGUUAGCGGAUAACUUGUUGACCAAUGGGCUUAUUAAUUGUUUGGCCAACAAAUCUGAAGCUAUGGGAGUGAAGGAAAUGUAGUUGUAGUAGAAUGUGGCUGAUUUUAUUAAGGAAUUUUUUGAAAAUAUAUUAUGAUAAUGGUUUAUAUGCAAAAAUCGACAUUGCAAGGUAACUUGAUGACGUCAUCUGAUCUGGGGAGCCUCACGGAGAUUAGCAUUAUGUUGAAGCAUCCCUGAUGACAUCAUAAAAGUUAUCAGUCGAUGUUUCAAGUUUUUAUUGAAAAAUAGAUUUACAAAAUGAUCUAUACUUCAUGUCUACAGUAUUUUUGCUUUAUUAUAAUUGAACGUGGCAACAUCGAACAUUUUCAAAUUGCUUUAAAUCCACUGGCCAGACAAUACCUGACAGUUUAUCAGAAAAUGAAUAAACCGGGCCUUAAAAUAAAUUAUGAUUUUUACCUUGUAUUGAAGCUGUAAGCAUGCCAGCACCAACGUACUCUAUAAAACUAGAAGUACCGCCUGAAACUAAUCGUACUUGAUCGGUAUUUUUGAAAUUUUUGUCUACAAUAACUUCGCCGAAUUCGAAUAGGGAAACGUGUUGAUUAAAAGCGGCGUAGCCUCUUAUACUGGCGUCUACUGAAUGAUCUGGAUGUCGUCUUUUGUACAUAUUUAAAUUUUAUAAACAAAUAAUUUUUAAAUAAUAACAAACAUUCGAA